AUGUUCAGCAAGGAAGCCGAAGGUCCUCCGCCAAAGACUGACGCUAUCGCACGCAGGAUCAAGAAACUACUGCUGGAAGCUGGUCUACGAAGCAGAAGGCUCACUCCGCACUCGUUCCGCGGUGGAGCAGCCACAAAGUUAAAGCGCGAGGGGAUCGUUGAAACGGAAGAGCGCAAAGGCAAAGUCAAAAUUGAGCGAUUCACCACCGAAUGUGAAUGUGGGAGAGUUUCCUUCAGGACUGGGCUUCCGGCCGGGAAUAUUCUUCGGCGUUCGUAUAGCGAAAUAAAAACUGAGGGUACCCAUUUUCGACUCACACAUCGUGGUUGCAAUGGUCAAACCCUCAAAUGUCGCUGUAUUAAGUGUCACACCGUUUGUGGAGGAACUUGUUCUGUUUGCGACGGAACGCUUUUACACAUGACUUGGUUCUGCCGAAAAUGUCACCAUGCUGCUCAUCCGCAUCAUAUGCUCGAAUGGUUUACGACGCAACGAGUGUGCCCUGUUGCCAAUUGUAUGUGCGAAUGCGGUACCAAUGUUGUACAGACACCGCAAGAGAAGAAGAUCACAGUUGCAAGGAACAAAACUCUCGAAGCAAUUCGAGAAGUGGGUGUCACAAAGUUUGAUAGCUUUUUUCUUGAUUUUAAAAGAUUUUGA